UUCAAAUCUCAGAGUAUGAUAAAUAAUUAUCGACGGCUGUUUUUAAAGUACUCUGUUAUACUUACUAAAUCUCCCACAAAGCAGGACAAUCGGGCGUCUCAGUGUUUCUCUUUCGUUUAUGUCUGUACCUUUUCCGGGAUACUAAGCAACAUGAGUCGCGUUAGGACGAAGACCGUCAAAAAGGCGGCGAAGAUGAUCAUCGAAAAGUAUCAUCAUCGUCUGACUUUGGAUUUCCACACAAAUAAGAGGAUAUGCGAGGAAAUUGCUAUUAUUCCAAGCAAAUCUUUACGAAACAAAAUAGCUGGAUUUGUUACUCACUUGAUGAAGCGAUUAAAACAUAGCCAAGUAAGAGGUAUCUCUAUCAAGCUUCAAGAAGAAGAAAGGGAACGCAGAGACAACUAUGUACCAGAAGUUUCUGCUUUGGAACACGACAUCAUCGAAGUCGAUCCUGAAACCAAGGAGAUGUUGAAGAUGUUGGAAUUCAAUAAUAUUACUGGAUUACAACUGACGCAACCAGUUACGCAAUUUAGCAGGCGUUCUUAAAGUUAUAUCUUUUUCAUUAAACAAAAUAGUUGGUCUUGCACUUUUUAAUAAAAUUGCAAACUGACAUGAUCUAAAGACAUUGCUUUUCUAAUCCUCAAUAUUAUUAUACUAAUUCAUUCUGUAAGUUUUUUGGAAUAUUAUGGAGUACCAAAUCUUAACAAACAGAAACAUUAAUAUUUGACUGUACACAUGAAAUGUAAUUACAUUCAAGGUUUAUUAUCUUGUAACAUUUAUCAGAAGAAUUACCAAAUUUAAUUAAAAUAUUUAAAAUGAA